UAUCAUCUGCGCCUUCAUCUUCGUCUUCGAUAUCUUCAUUAAUUCCAGGUGCUUUUGAAAAUGGGGAAUGAGAAGAGAAAUUUCGACAUUUCAGGACCUAAACAUCUCAAAGAUAUUGUUGACUGGAACAAUGCAGAUUACCGGAGAUCUGCCAUUUCCAGCUUGGUUCAAGGAGUAUACGUCCUGGAAAGUGAGCGCGAAAAUUCCACAAAUGCUCAACCCUGGUACGAAUCCUUCAAAUUCCAGCUAGUUGAACCUAUCAAACGUGAUGACCAGUCCAUAUUCGGUGCCAUUUAUAAAUACAUUGGCAAAUACCCAGCACCUGAUUCAGACGUACUCCCAAGAUAUGUUAUUGCCUUACGGGGCACAGUCGACCUCAAGCGUCCAAAGAUAUGGGGAAUAGACAUCAUGAUGGACAUUAAACUCUUACUCAACAAACUUGAAGAAAGCAGUUGCUUUAUACUUGCCACGGAUCGUGUUAAGCGCCUUGUUAAGGAGAAUGGAGCUCCAAAUGUAUGGUUGGCUGGACAUUCUUUGGGGGCAGCUGUAGCAUUGCUUGUUGGAAAGAAGAUAAUUUUUGAUAUGGAAUGCUAUCCUGAAGCUUAUCUUUUUAAUCCUCCAUUCCUAUCUAUCCCCACAAAUCAUUUUCUAGGGGACGGGAAAGUGAAGAAAAUUAUCCAAACUGGACGCCGUUCGGUCAAGGCGGCCCUCACCGUUGCUGCAAAACCUAGGAAUAGUCAAAUGAAGGAACAUUUUCAUUUGUUAUCUUGCUGGACUCCUCACAUGUUUGUGAACCCAGGUGACGUUGUUUGCAGAGAAUAUAUUGACUACUUCCAACGCAACAUUAGAGAUGGAAAAAUCAUGAGGCUAGCAGAAAGUAACAGUUUCGGGAAUCUUUUCAAUCAUGUUGUACGUUGGAAAGAUUUAAAAAAUGCAACGCAUCUCCUUCCUUCGGCAGAGCUAAUUGUUAAUCAUUCAUGUCCAGGCCCAAAUAUUGAUGAUAAUAUUUUUUCCCCAUAUUAUCAUGCUCAUGACAUUCGCCAGUGGUGGGAUCGUGAGGUUCGCUGCCAAUCAACGAUCUAUAAUAUCGCGCGGAAUGAUCCACAACCUACUACAGAGGAUCCCUAGUAAUUGGCACGAUGAGUUCUUAAUCAAACAUGCUGCAUGCACUAGUGUCUUCUGUAAUCCUGUAUUGAAUAAAGCGGUCCGAGUGUGUACUAUUAAUGGAUCCAAUUAAAAGAUUACCCAAAAUAAGUGGCCGCGAUUGUGUUUGGCCUAAGUGUGUACUAAUAAUGAAUAUAGACAGAAGCUCUCUGAUCUCGGUCCCACACUUGGUUCUGGAGAUUAUAUAUUUGCCUGAAUAAAACGAAGAUUGUCUUAUUUUAGUGGAUGGUAUAUAUUAUAACUUUGGUUUUCUUUGCCUCUCUUGUAA